AUAGCUAAGAUGUGAAAAGAAAGCUAUGCUGAAUGUAAACAAAAAAAAACGUAAUACAAUCUAGUGACGACGUUCUUGCCUGUAUCAGUGUAUAUUAAAUGCAUAGCGACAUCGUGUCUACAUGAAUCUAUUAAGAAAUUUGCACUCGCUUAUAUCAUUUUUUCAAAGAUUACAAAGUGUUUUUAAUGGGAAAAUCAACAAGAAAUAAUUUGUCAAUAGUUGCUGAUUAAUGAAAAUAAAUUCUGUUGCCGUUUGUGAAGUGCAUUUGCAUAAUAUUUUGUAAAUUUUUCAACUGACACUGUGACAGAGGUGUCGGCCUGCUGUGUGGUAUCGGAAACCGAAGCAAAUAUAUUAGAUUUCUGAUCAAUUGCGGUGGUGUAUAAGAAUGCGAAAUACAUAAAAUUAAAUAAAUUUGAAAAAAAUUAAUACCAUCGAAAUGAGAAACAAAUAUGAUCGAAGUUGUGAGAAAGUUUAAUAUAAUCGUUUAGAAUAGAACUGAAUAAAAAUGGAUCGAACUAUGUAUGGCAAAAUUGAUCCGGGUGCUCGUCAACCUUAUCGUACGAUCAGAUCUAGAGGAAUACAGCCAGGAUAUGCUUUACUGGCCGAUUUACAAAACAGUGUACCCGGUCAUCCGCAGCCUCAGUAUAAUACAAACGUUGCAACUGUUCAACAACAACGUCAAGUGCCAUUAGCAACCACAAGCCAAUACCACAACAAUUAUGUUGAAUCCUCAGGUUAUGGAAGCCUUAGAGGCAAAGGAACCAAUACAACUCAGCCUGUUUAUCAGGAGCACUAUUUGGGGACUCAUACCUCGGUUUCACCAUCUGGUCACAGAACUUAUAAUGGCGUGAGCACAAAUUCAAGUUCGUCAGCUAGUCAUUUUCAUAACCAAGGAGCUAUACCACGGCAACCUUAUAAUGGUUCAAGUGGACCACUGAACACCGCCAGUAAUUUGUCUGAAUUGGAUUCUUUAUUGGAAGAUUUAAGCAGCGCCAGAUAUAAUGGCGCCAGCUACGAAAGAAAAGAACCGGGUCUAAGUGGCUUCCAUACCCAAUCGACUUCUAAAUACGACACUUAUAACAGUUAUGCCUCGGUCGAAGAAAGGCCAUCCGUAGAUAGUUUAUUAAAUGAAAUGGAUAAUGCAUCACUCUAUGCCAUCCCAAAUGGAGUGCGCGGCAAAUCUCCUACGCCUGGCCGACAUGUAACCAUUACUGUUCGUGAAACUAAAACAGAAAAUGUUAAUGCUCCCGAAUCGAGAUCAUCGAAAGAAGAAGUUAUUAAACACAAAGAUUUUAUACAAAAUAAUGCUAUUCAUCAGUCUUAUGCUUCGUCAGCUACAAAAGAAUUGGAUGAUUUGAUGGCGUCUUUGUCAGACUUUAAGGUAAACAACGGUUCAAAUCAUUAUCAUCAAACUGUAACGGACUACGCCAAGCCGAACAAAGGCACCUCACAUUUAACUCAAACCAUUACUGAAACUACGACUGUAGUAGAAGAUCAUCAACCCGAUCAGUUAGAUUCUAUGCUAGGAAGCCUACAGGCCAACAUGAAUCGUCAAGGAGUCAAUACCGUGCAAAAAGGAUGCUGCAGUGCCUGUGAAAAACCAAUAGUCGGUCAAGUGAUUACUGCCUUAGGUAAGACUUGGCAUACGGAGCACUUUUUCUGCGCUCAAUGCGGUCAACAAUUUGGCGAAGACGGCUUUCACGAACGUGAUGGCAAACCUUAUUGCCGUAACGAUUACUUUGAAAUGUUUGCUCCCAAGUGCAAUGGUUGUAAUCGGGCCAUCAUGGAGAAUUAUAUAUCCGCUUUAAACUCGCAAUGGCAUCCCGACUGCUUUGUCUGCAGGGAUUGUCGACAACCUUUCCAAGGCGGUUCAUUCUUCGAUCACGAAGGUUUACCCUACUGUGAAACUCACUACCAUGCCAAACGUGGUUCAUUGUGUGCCGGUUGCUCGAAGCCGAUUACGGGACGUUGCAUAACGGCCAUGUUCAAGAAAUUCCAUCCCGAGCAUUUUGUAUGCGCCUUUUGUUUGAAGCAGCUUAAUAAAGGCACUUUCAAGGAGCAAAAUGAUAAGCCCUACUGUCACACUUGCUUCGAAAAAAUAUUUGGCUAGUAACUACGCCUUAAAAUCAUUUCAUCACGUACCAAUUGAGACAAAUAUGAUAUAUUAAUAACAAAAAAAAAAAGAAA